AUGCCAUCAUCAAGCUUCUUAAUUCCUUCAUCUCCAAUUCCCUCAGCACUAACGACAACCACAGCAGCAACAGUUUCAUCAUCAGCUGCAACAACAGCAUCAAUGGUGAGAUUUGGAACUGCCAAUGUUUAUAAAGAAACCCCACCAUACUCUCCACAAUCACCAAUGAUUGCCCUCCGAAGGCAAUCCCUCCUCUUAUCGGCCACUCAAUUCCCUUCAACAUCAUCACAACAAAUUAAAUCUCGUUGGAUGCUUGUUAGAGUAUUGGAUGGUAUAAUUUAUAUAGUCUCUGAAUAUACUAAAACAUUAAUUAGAGAAUUGAUACUACUCCUUGGAUAUUUCCUCGAUUUGAUAGUAAGCCUUGUAUUGUACGUGUUUCAUAUUCCUGGGAGUUAUGAUGAAACAUCGUUGGCCCAUCAGAAAGGACUUGUAGUACGUUCUGCUUCAUCUGCCUCACUUAUUCAUCUUUCCGAAGAAUUUAGAAAGGAAAGAACAAGAAGUAGAAGUAAUUCAACCAAAUCAAACAGUGGUGGAUCCACCUAUGAAUAUAAUUCAAGUGAGGAAGAAAUGGAGAAGAAAAUUUCAUCAACUUCCUCUACUGGAACACUUUCUCCCAUUAGAGAAUUAUCACCUACCACUACUGAUGAAGAUCAUAAUAUUCAAUUGGAUAAUCAACAAUUGGAAGAUGAUGUUCCUCCACCAAUUACUACUAGUUUAUUUUCUUCAUCAACUUCCUCACAUACCAUGAUUGGAAAAAACUCAUUUAAGAAGAUUUUGGAAUCAACACUCAAAAUGAAAAAAGCAAAUAAUACAAAUCAAGUGGUGGUUGAUUCUCCAACAACUAUGACUACUUCAACUAUUGAACCAGUUUCAUUUGAAGAGGCACAGAAAGAACCUAUUGCAGACGAUGUGAGUGUUGCCAGUACAGCUGAUUCUGAAUGGAAUGAUUAUGAAAAUUUGGAUGCAAACUUUGAUUAUGACUUUGAAGAUGAUGUUAGAGAUGAUAUCAAAUUAAUUUAUGAGGAAAAGAAGUGGACAUCCAGAGUGUUAAAUUUCAUUGGAGAAACCUUCUUGUGGUUUGUCAUGCUGAUAAUUUAUCUUCCAACUCUCUUCAAAACACCAAUUACAUCUAAAAAGACACCUAUUGAGGCUGAUAAGGUUCAUCUCUACGAGAAGAAAUCUACUGGUCUAUUGGAAGAUUUUUACUAUGCUGUUUUUGAGUGUAUUGAUUUACUUGCCAAGGCAAGUAGAUUGUUCAUUCGUCUCAAACUUAGGGAAUGUUUCAAAACCAUCAAGGAAUGCUUUGGAUUAUUCAAACUCUCUAACUUUUUAUCCACAAGGGGUAUUGAUGACAGAUCGAUCAGUCAGGUCAUUAUUGACAAUGGCUUCAAAUCAAAGACCUACGUAUGCUCCACUGAGGAUGGAUACAAAGUUCAACUCAACAGAAUUCCAAAUACUACAAGCAAAACAGCAGUAUAUUUCCAACAUGGUAUUUUAGAUAGUGGAUUUACAUGGAUUGGCAGUAAUCCAAAUGUAGGACUUACUUGCGCCUCCAAUGGAUAUGAUGUCUUUCUUGGAAAUUUCAGAGGAUAUGGUCUUGCUCGUUGCCAUGGUAAACACCUGAAUGAAAACAUCAGUGCACGAGAAUAUUGGGAUUUCAGUAUCAAUGAACAUGCAUUUUAUGAUGUUAAGGCAUUCGUGAAAAAGAUUAGAGAAAUCAAACAAAAGGAGCUUGGAAAUAACGAUUUCAAAUUAGUGGUGGUUGCCCAUUCGAUGGGAGCAGGUAGUAUUCUUGCCUACAUGUCAUGGUGUAAAGCACACAAUGAAGAACAUUAUAUUGACAAAGCAAUUCUAUUGUCUCCAGCAGGAAAUCACCAAGAGAUGCCAACACUUUUUGAAUAUGCUUCUAUGGCAAUUCCUAUCGUUAGAAGGCUACCAUUUUGGAAUUAUUUUGGAUUUACUUCCAAGACCGUUAAAAUACUGGUUGCCAAACUCCUUCAAGAUAUUAACAAUCAUAAGGCUACUAGAAGUUUACUCUCUGCAGUAGUUUCAUCUCUUAUCCUUGGUGGAAGAACAAAGAAUAAUCCAUUCCAAUAUGUUCACAAUCUAUUCUACCACACUUUUAAUGCAACUUCUGUAAAGGUGGUUGAACAUUUAAUUCAACUCCAAAAGAGUGGUAAAUUCUUAGCAUAUAAUUAUGGUCCAACAAUGAAUAAGCAAUACUAUGGAACUGAGAAACCUUAUGACUUUUUUGAUGCAUAUGACAAGUUGAAUAUUCCAAUUUACAUAGUUUAUGCAGAUGAUGAUAAGGUAAUUCCAAAACAAUGUAUCGUUCGCCACUAUAAGGAAUUGAGAAAGUAUCACUCCAAUACUUGUUUUGCCAAGAAAUUCAAAGAUAUGGGGCACCUCGAACUCACACUCAGUAGUAAUGAUAGAGUUAUUCAAUAUGUUCUUAAAGUGUUGGGACAGAAUGAGGAAGUCAAUUAA